GCGUCUUGUAAAUUUGGCGAAACAAGUCUUGGUCGAAAGCAAGUCGACGGCGCUAAAGCUGUCGGGUCGCGCGAGACUUUCGAUCGUUCUCACCACCUCGCCUUAUUCGACCGCCUUUAUGUCCAAUAUUCCUUGAUUCUGAAUAAGUAGAUCUUACUUGCAACACAACAAACACGAUCGUUAUCUUCAGACUCAGAAGUUCAUUCCCUCCAACGGUGGGCAAAUUCCGCCGCUGUGUUGGCGAUAUUAACUUAACCACGGACGGUGCAGGAUUGCCGUCUUUCUCCAGACAGCUCAAAAGCCUAUACACGCAUAGCUGACUCUGCUUGCCCUCUACAACCGCUAAUAUGAGCACGACGUCAGACUACAAGACUUCGAAAGAGGCGUUCGUCUCAGGCAUGUCCGGCUCAACCAUCGGACACGUCAAUAUGAUCUCUCUCGUCGCCCUCUCCAGCAUAGCACUACAUUCUUCUCUUCGUACCCGUCUUCCACCUUCAAAACCACUCUCCUUCCCAGCCGAAUUUCUCGUGCUAGCCGUACCCUUACUUUUAUCAGUGACAAUAGCGGCGAAUGCACCGGGACUGUUGAAUUUGGUGUUGAUUGUGGCGACGAUUGGAGUGCUCCUGAUGUUUCCUAGGAGGGAGAGUGGGAAUGUUCUGCCGUUAGGCGUAAGUCAGACUUCGUCUCCAAAUAGAGACGGUCAAGAAAAUGGAAGGGCAAGGGACGUUGGUGUUGACGAGGAGGAGGAAGACGUGCGGGGCAUGGGACGAGACGGUGUUGCGCUGGGUAUAACGCAUAUACCCCUCUUACCCGCACUCACGACGUAUAGGGCUCAUAUGCUUCUACUUACGGCGAUUUGCAUCCUAGCGGUGGAUUUCCAAGUAUUUCCGAGGGAGUUGGCAAAGUGCGAGACGUUUGGGGUUUCUUUGAUGGACCUAGGCGUUGGCUCGUUCGUAUUCUCCCAAGGCGUCGUCUCCGCUCUCCCCAUCAUCAAGAACCCGUUGUACCUUACAACACCUUUCGUUCCCAAAUUCACUACAGUCCUCCGCAAAUGUCUUCCGCUGCUCCUUCUAGGGCUAUUGAGAACUGUCUCCGUUAAAGGUACUGAGUAUCCUGAACAUCAAACGGAAUAUGGAACUCACUGGAAUUUCUUUAUCACGCUUGGUCUUCUUCCGAUUUUACAAGUACUGCUGCAUCCUUUGAUCUUGUAUCUGCCGAUUUCAUUGGUUGGCGUCAUCGUCGCUCUUUCGCACCAACUCGCUCUUUCCUCCGGGGGUUUGACGUCUUAUGUCCUUAACGAACCUCGUGAAAGCUUCAUCAGCGCGAACAAAGAAGGGCUGGUCUCCCUGACAGGUUACUUGGCUAUUCAUCUCCUGGGACUCUCGACAGGAACCCUGGUUCUCCCACCGUCACCUUCAUACUUUCGUCGCCAACAAGAUCUACUCCGUCAGCGUCAACUCCAAUGCCUCUCUCCCACUUCCCCCACUCCGUCCUCAACCUUUCCUUCUGUAUAUGACAUAUCGUCACUGAACCCCUCAUCAAGCACCGCGUCUGGUGUCUCGCCCACACGAGAACGACCUCAAAGCGAGUUGGAGAGAGACUUCCAGUUUCCUCCGAGAUCACCUACGAGAAGUCGUCGGACGUCAUUCGACACGUCCGCGACGGACUCGCCCGUUUUACCGACUCUCACCUCGUUCAAUUCGCUCAAUUCGCUCAACGUUAACUCACCAAGCAUCCCUUCACGUCCCUCGUUUGACACUCAUCUUAGCCCGUACUCACCGACAAGUCCUAAUUUCAGUAAUGAAGGUGGAUCACCAUCACCUAACCCGGCGCAACAAGGGAGACGCAUUAGUACGACAACCACACCAGUGAAACGCGAGAAUGAUCGGACUGCUAUUGAGCUUUGUUCGUAUGCGUUUCUUUGGUGGGUGUCGCUUGGGGUAUCAAAGUUGGUGGGUGUAGGUGGUGGAGUUUCCAGACGAUUGGUCAACCUCCAAUAUAUAACUUACACCAUCGCGUUCAACACAACCUUCUUGCUCGGAUACCUCCUCCUAGACCUUCUAUUCUUCCCUUCACCACUAAGUAAAAGCGUAUAUUCGCCGGUGUCGGGAUUGAAGGUGACUCCCGCGGCGGCCCCUGCGGUAGGCGGCGAACCCAAUGGGAGCGGGAGAGACAGUCGAAUUGCUGGGACUUCAGAUGUUUCAACUGGAAGUGAUACAAUGGUAGGAGGAGCGCCGAAGUUGUUGGAUGCGAUCAAUAGAAAUGGGUUGGUUCUUUUCUUACUCGCAAACGUUGCAACGGGGCUGAUAAACCUGACCAUCCCAACGAUGUACGUGACAGAUGGGUGGGCAAUGGUCAUUCUCACCCUGUAUACAUUUGGGAUGUGUGCUGUCGCGUGGGGGUGCAGGGGAAGGAAAUUGUGGAGGUUUUGAAGUGUAAAUAUUAUAAUACGCUUAUGGGUAUGAUACAGAAUUGGGAUCUAGGAGUCUGAGCGUAAGUUGUACUGACAUUAGUCGCUUUAACCAUUCUUUUCACGAUUGACACGUUGCGCGAUCGUAUUACUUGGGCUCAUGCGUUUGAGGAUUCGUCUUCAGGACUAGUCAGUGGUAUUCUAUUUUGUUCGCAGCUUUCAAUAUAACAUGAGGGUUGUGCAGAGAUUAGAGACUUUGAUAUCUAGAGCAGCUGCAACCUUGCAUUAGGAUGGAAAUAAAAUCAGACACCCCGAAGUAGUUUGUACCUAUCCACCUUGUUAAGAGCGGAGAAGUCCGGCACAUCUGUAGAGAAGCCGAUGUUAUAGCUAGGAAUGGAUACAUUCACAUCAAAGUCUGCAAGUCGACGAAUGGAGGCGGGGGAUAACGAAAAUGGACUCUGUGUCAGUACUUGUCGGCAAGCAAGGCGAAUUUUGGGCCACAUUUGGUGGAGCAAAUAGCAUCAUCAUACACGGAAACGAAAAUGCUAAAAUCCAACCAGUCUACUGAGAUUGGACAACGUCUAGUCAACGACUGGUGAGC